GACAGGAGACAUUCAAACAGUUUGCUUGCUUGCUGUCAAUUCGUUGUCAAACAAGUUGUUUAAAGAUUCUGCAAAAGUAAAUAAUUGGAUACAAAAGUAAGUUGUCCUUCCUUAUUUCUUUGAUGUCCCCCUACCUCCUCCGCAGGCGCUUAGGGAGCAUUUCGGGCAGGUUCGGAAAAUGCGGGUCACAGGCGAGAGCGCCUGCCGAGUAAUGUUUUCAAGAUGGCGGGUGCUAUAAAUCGAAAUUUUCAUUUUGACUUUACUAAUUACUAUUAUGACUUAAUAUACAACAUACAUACCAGCACUGAUUUAAUAGAUCUAAAUAAUAUUUAGAAAUAGCAUCCAGUGGUCUUGGUAGACUAAAAAGUACUUAUAACUAGCCACCGCUUUUCGAUGCCGAUGGAGACUGUUUUAUAAAGUGUUUAUACAAUGCAAAUACAACAAUAACAACAUCAACGAUAUUACAUGCAUCUACAUAUUUUGCUACUAAGCCUAUGAUAAGCCAUUUCAAAUACUUUAGAUAUGAUUCAAACAUCAGUCUGCAUGAAACAGUAAAAGCACAAUUUGAAAGAUGGAUAUGGUGAAAAACUGAAAAUAUAUUUGCAUAUUAAAAAAUACAUUCACAAUGUAUUAAAAUAGAAGUAAUAUAGCGUCUCAUUGUUCGCUUGUUCUUUGUCUUUUGAGUGAUAAUAACACAAUGUCUGCAUGUAGAACUCCAUUACCACAAAAAUCUACAUACCAAGUCCAUUUCAAAAGACGAUAUAUUGAGAGUAUCGACAUCGCUGCCGUCGAACGACCAGCAUAACUUAUGUCAAUAUGUCAUAUGCCCAAAAAUACUGUUUCAUGUUUCAGCGGAUCAAAUUUCUUCAGAAUGUAAUUCGAAACAAAUCAGAAGGCCCAGAAGAUAAAAGACGUCAUGUCGCGGAUGGUGGGAUGUGGAUGAACAGCAGAUCUUGGUGCACUUUAAACUUAAAUAAUAUUUCUCUGUAUUUUCUGCGUUCUCGUAUAAAUAUGACGCCGGUCGUAUAUCGAUUUCUUUCUUUAUUUGCCGUAUUUCCAUUUGAUAUUUUUGUCAGCAAGUCCAGAAUUAAUCCAGCUUACGUGAGAAAUUAAUUUGAACUAAUGAUGGACGAAAUUUCAAAGAGAUUUUUUUGGAUUCCCGAUUUUCGACACAUAUUCCCGAUUUUCGACACAUUAUAUGGCAGGCCCUUCGCGCUUCGCUUCAAGUUCUAAAAGUGGCCCGCAAAAAUUUGCACCGCCCGCAAAUGUGCCCGGAAAAAGGGCCUGCGGAGGAGGUAGGAUGUCCCCUCAGUUGGAAGUUGCAUAUAUGCAUGAUUAAAUCUUCGAACUUUUAAGCUUGUUAUUUGGCUUUCUGUAUUUUACUAGAAAAUACAUGCAUGCAGAAACCCUCGCCUUACUGACAAAACCAUUGUAUUUUCCGAAAAUAACAUGAAGUAUUUAAAGUAGUUGUCAUGGUAACACGAUAAUUUUAUCAAGAAUAUUUUUAAAAUCGAAAAAUCCCCUAAAAUAUCACUUUUAAUUACAAAAUUAUCAAUUCCCGAAACAUAUAUAUGUUAGGUAUGUAGGAUAUUAUUGAACUGUGUAGGAUAUUAUUGAACUAAAUAAUUCAAGAAUAGCUAAAAGCCAUUUGCCAAUAUAAAUGGAUUCAGAAUUUUUAUUAACCCACAGCGAAAAGUGUGAAUUUUAUUUAUCGCUCCCUCAACUAGCGGACGGUUUAUAAGAAAAAGUUGUUCAUUCUUUUGUAGUGCAUUUUUAUUUGAAAUAGACUUAUUCCAACACCUCUAAUGUUUCAGUUACCGUGAUUUGCUGGAUAGAUGGGGGCUAUGGCAUCAAAGGUGAGCAGACCAACCCAACUCUCAACCACUCACCGCUUGCGUGUUGGGUAUAGGCUAAUAGCAUGGUUUCCAGUGCAAUUUGGAUAAAACAUGCACGAGUGAUUUUUCAAAGACAAUAUCAAAAUAUCAAAAUAGCAUGCACGAGUCCGAAGAACGAGUGCUGGUUGAAGUCUUUGAAAAACUCACGAAUGCUUGGUUGAUCCAAAUUGCGCAAGAAAACAUGCAUUACCUACUAAUAAUAUCCAGGAAAAAUUGUUCAGAACUUCACAAUUCAAAUGUGACUCGAACGUUUCGAACUCACUUAAGACGUUGACAUGGAACAGUUGCAUGUGCAUGAAUGGGACGGGAAUUCGAAAAUGGUAAUUUUUGAAGCAACCGAUCAAUUCUUUCAUCCUUGUUUAUGACGUAGUAGAUAAUCCAUAUACUGUCAACCUAUUUAAUGUGACCGAGAGAGGUAUAGUACAUGCAUGUAAUACUAUAUGCAGUUUUGUUAUCGCGAGGCUAUUCAUAUUUGAAAAUAUAAUGCUUUCUCCAAACCGCAGUAAAUACAGCAAACUAGUGCUUUAUUAUCAUACCAUAUGUCAAGGAAUCAUGCAAUGCAUUAGUAGAAAUGAUAAAUAGAACCAUGCAAUUCGAUCAAAUUGAGUUAUAUUGUAAUAUCUUUCUUUGUCUUAUAGGAGGCAAGGCGUUUUAAUAGGUGACCUUUGAAUUUUCCUUACAGGUGUUAUCGUAUCAUUCUGUUUCUAUUUUUAUAGAGCUGAAUUUGAUAUCUACCACAGUACCAAGGCUGCAGGUGUUCCGAUAGAGUCGCAGCAAGUCCUUGUUAGCUGUACAUUUUGUGGUAAUUCCAUCUUAGCAAAGAAUCCAGUUUCUCAGGCUGGGAGAAAAUUGCGAUAUCUUACACCAAGAGAAAUCCCCACGAACAAAGUGAAGGUAAGUGUUUCAAUUCUAUUUUACAGAAUCAUCCUAUAAGAGAUAUGAAAAACAUUUCACUUUCAAUUCUCGUUGGCUCGACAGAUUAAUGGAUAGAACGGCAGUUCGACUCUAAUGGAUUUCAUAGACGAUAUGUAUGCAAAUAUAAGGCGGGUUCAACGGAAUGAGCUGAAAAUUGACGGAAAUGUAAUAACUGAUAUACCGCGGGUGUCCCAGAAAAUAAGUCGUGCUGUUUGAUUUAAUAUAACAAAAAAUGUAGAACAGGUAAUAUUACUUUCAAUAUUUUUAUUUCCAUUAAAGAAAACCUAACUAAAAUUGUGGUAUAUAUCACUUUAACUAAUCCUGCAAAAUGUCAUUAGGUAAGCACAAAAAUGGCAUCAAACGCCUUAUUAAACUAAUCUGAAUACAUGUAAUUGACAUUCGUUCGCUUGAUUAUUGUAUUGCUUACUUGAUGAAGUUAUAACUUUUAAAUUUCAAAUUAUUUCCUUUAAAUUUACAAUUUGUUAAUUUGCCUUGGUCUAGACGAACUACUUUUUCCAGAUGACUACCUUUUUUC